AUGAAUACAUUUCCUUCAACAACAACUUCAAGUUCUUUAUUUGGUGCCCAACCAACUACCUCAUCAUCUUUAUUUGGAGCAAAACCUGCAAAUUCUUUAUUCGGAACAAACCCUUCUACACAAACUGGCAAUCUUUUUGGAAGUCAACCUUCUACAGGGUUUGGAUCGACUGCUGGUGGUGGUAUUUUGGGAGCGAAUAAACCGGCGGCUUUUGGUCAAGUUUCACAAUCAAAUCUUUUUGGGCAACAACCUCAACAGCCUGGUGGUGGUCUUUUUAAUUCUGCUUCUUCUGUUCCUCCUACCUUUGGGGCUACAACGACUACUGCAAGCAUUUUUGGGGCCAACAAUACUGGCUCUUCAUUUGGUGGAUUUGGACAACAACAGCCACAACCGACGCAGAUUGGGGGAUCUCUUUUUGGCAGCCCAAAACCUGUUCAACCUUCUUUUAGUUCGUUUGGAGGUAAUCAACAACCGACACAAACAUUUGCAAAAUUUACACCUCCAUCUGCUACUGAUACUAUGCAAUUGAAAGGGUCACAGCAACAAGUUCAAACAAAACAAAUGUGUAUAAGUGCUAUGAAGGAGUAUGAAACCAAAAGUUUGGAAGAAAUUCGUUGUAAUGAUUAUAUUGGGGGAAGGAAAGUGAACACAUCAGUUGCUCCAACAAAUUUUGCACAACCUCAGGGAAGUGGAUUGUUUUCGAAACCCGGCGGAUUGUUUUCUACUGUUACAACUACAACACCGGCUACUUCAAGUUCUUUAUUUGGUGCCCAACCAACUACCUCAUCAUCUUUAUUUGGAGCAAAACCUGCAAAUUCUUUAUUCGGAACAAACCCUUCUACACAAACUGGCAAUCUUUUUGGAAGUCAACCUUCUACAGGGUUUGGAUCGACUGCUGGUGGUGGUAUUUUGGGAGCGAAUAAACCGGCGGCUUUUGGUCAAGUUUCACAAUCAAAUCUUUUUGGGCAACAACCUCAACAGCCUGGUGGUGGUCUUUUUAAUUCUGCUUCUUCUGUUCCUCCUACCUUUGGGGCUACAACGACUACUGCAAGCAUUUUUGGGGCCAACAAUACUGGCUCUUCAUUUGGUGGAUUUGGACAACAACAGCCACAACCGACGCAGAUUGGGGGAUCUCUUUUUGGCAGCCCAAAACCUGUUCAACCUUCUUUUGGUUCGUUCGGAGGUAAUCAACAACCGACACAAACAUUUGCUGGUGGAUUGUUCGGACAAACUAAUACUUCUGUGCAAAAACCAUCGUUAACUCUUUUUGGAUCAGGAGGGCAAGCUUCUUACCAACCGGGUGUAUUUAGCACAGCUAAUACUCAGCAAGGUCAAACUUUACUUGGUUCAAAUCUAAAUACUUCAGCAUUUCAAAAAGAAAUUAUUGAAUCACAACUUUCUUCACUUCCAUAUGGAGAUAGCCCUCUUUUAAAAGUUUCUACAUCUCCAAGGAAAUCUGCACAGGAUAUUAUCAGUCUUUCAAGGCAAAUAAUUUUUGGUACAAAGGAUGAUCAACAAAAAUUUACUACUACAAGCUCUCAAAAUUCUUUUCUUGCUGAUUUGUCUAUUUCAACAAUUUCAAAGGGAAUUAAUACUUAUGAUAAGGAAAAUUCAAUUGCAGAAACUUUCGAUACAAGUUUAGGUUACAAACCCUUAAUUAUUUUGCCGUCAGUUGGAUUUGGUACAGCAUUAGGAUUGAGACAUGAGCCAAAAUUGACAAAAUCAUUUGCAAGUGAAAAAUCUUUCAUUUCUGGAAAAUCGACAUCACUUCAUUUAAGUUUUGCUGAGGAUGACACUAAAAGAAUUAAAUCGUUGGAUAUGUCUGUGGUUUUUGAGCCUUCUCCAAAUGAAGACAAUUCAUUUAUUGCCGAUAAAUCUUCUCAAGUUAAUUCUGUUCUUGUCCCAUUACAAUUAUCACCAUCUAUGGAGAGUGAACGUCCUACUAUUGAAGAAAUUCAGUCACCACCAGAGAAGACUCUUCCUCCCAAAGAACCUAUUCAACAAAAUAAACAACAACAACAAAAUACUCAACAACUAUUUCAGCAACCACAACAGAAAAAAUUUAAAAUGAAAUUGUCUCGUCCAGAAUAUUAUUCAAAUCCUUUAUUAGAAGAUUUGGAAUCAUUGUUUGACUCAAAAGGAAUUUGUAAAAUUGAAGGUGGAUUAACUAUUGGACGUUUGGGAUAUGGAAGUGUUUUUUGGAGAGGACCUAUAGAAUUACAAGAACCUUUGGAUUUGGAUGAAAUUGUUCAUUUUCGAAAUAAAGAAGUUGUUGUAUAUCCUGAUGAAUCUAAAAAACCGGAAGUUGGACUUGGAUUAAAUAAACCUGCAGAAGUUAGUUUAGAAAAUGUUUGGCCGAUGAAUCCAAAAACUAAAAUGCCAAUCAAGGAUACUGACGAAUUGAUACGAAUGAAUUUUAAAGGCAAAUUGGAACGCUUAUGUGCACGUAUGGAUGCGUGUUUCGUUGAUUAUCAACCAUCUCGGGGGGUUUGGAUAUUUCAAGUCGAACAUUUUUCGAAAUAUGGAUUUCAUGAUGAGGAGGAUGAUGAAGACAUUAUCGAUAUUAAUCAACAACAACAAACGGGCGGUGAUAAAAUUCAUUCUGCCAAUCUGCAAAAUCUAAUACAAAGAGCAAAAGUUCCUUUACGCGAAAUACAAAAAACAUCUGAUGGAAAUAAAAAUAAUAAAAGGGAAUACUUACAACAGCAAACAACGGGACUUGUUGACAAUGGAGGAGAUUUUGCUGAAUUUAAUGAGGAAGAUUCCAAACUUUUUCAAGACCAAAUAAUUUGUAAGAAACUUCGUUUUGAUGAUACUUUGUUUGAUUCCAGUAAACUUUUAAAUAUUGUCGCAAACAAAGAACAACAACAAGGCCAAAUUUAUCCUCAAAAAUCAAAAUUGGUUGAGCGUUUACCAAAAUAUUUUUAUCAAGGACUUGAUUCACAAAAUUUGUCCAAAUCAUUUUUAAAAAAAUGUGGAAUUAAUUUUCUUUUGCCAAGCUGUAAAAUUGGGUUUAGUCAAGAUUUGGUUUUUGCUGCAAUUCCACCAUCUACACAUUUAAAUGCUGUUAAUAUUUAUCAGACGAGAGUUAUUGUUCCUACAGUUAAGAAUUUCUUUCUUCAAUAUAUUCGUCAAAACAAUUUAAAUUUACAAAAAUCACUUGAAAAUUUGGAAUUAACUCAACUUGUUCAAUUUGACCCUCCAUCACCAAUAUUAAGUUAUUUGGAUAAAUAUUUAACUGAAUCUUUUGUAAAUGGAAAAGAUUUGAAUAAAAGUUUUGAUGGAAUUUGUAAAAUAUUGUUAAUGGAUUUAAAGACGAUUGAAGAUAAAAUCUCUCAAAGAAUUUUAAUGGGUGAUUGGUUAUGUGAACAACUUUCAAUUGAAGACAACAACAAAACAACAAAUAAAAAACCUUUUUUAAAAAUCUUUAAAUUUUUAAUUAAUGGACAAAUUGAAAAAGCAGCAGAAUAUGCAAAAGAACAAAAUUUGUUUAAUUUGGCUUUGUUACUUUCUUUAUAUAAAUGUCCGUCUGUUGGUUUAGUUAGAAAUAUGGUUGCUAAACAGCUUUCAAUAUCUUUCAAACAAAACAAUGUUGAUAAAGAUUAUAUCAAAAUUUUACAACUUUUGUCUGGAGAAUUUAAAAAUUGUGGAGAGUAUAAUAAUUUUGGAGGAGGAGGAAAUGGAUGUUUGGAAGGACUUAAUUGGUUACAAAUACUUGGUAUUCUUAUUUGGUAUCAUGCAUCCUCUACAACAACAAUGAUUGAAUGUUUGGAUAUUUUACAGGAAUUGGUAUAAAUUUAAAAAAUGAUGAGGAAAUUAAAUUUAAAAUAAUUUUUGUGUGUGGUUAUUUUGUUUAGAGUUUUUUUAACGGGCAGAAAACAAAUAACUCAUAUCCUCUCCCCUAUAUUUACUAUAGAGGCGGUUGACUUGUGAAAAAAUAAAAAGUUUGGAGGGUUUCAGUUUUCUCGACCAUUCCUUACCCCAGAGACCAGACUUGGGGAGGGAGAUAACGAUUAUUAAAACUAUAAAUUUUUUGAGAGACUAAUCUGUCUCGAUUGAUUGACAUAUUUUCCUCUCAAAUCCACCGUCUCACAAAAAUAUCUAUCUUUUUUGUAUUUUUAGUUAUCAGGAUUUUUUCAGAAUUUUUAUUUGUUUUUCGGAAAUCUAUGUCUAUUUAACUCCUGUAUUGAAUAUUCUUUAUCAAAAAAUUUUUUGUUUUGACUUUUUCUUUAAAUUUAUUUUUGGUUGUUACGAAAACAGUAUUUUUGUCAAGCAUUUUUCUUUGUUUUCUAUGCAAAAUUUAUUUUUUUAUUCAAAUAAAUAUUUUUUAAAUUUAUUCGGCAGUUGUUCCAACAGUAGCAAUACCAACCAAGUACAACCGUCCUCCUCUAUUCGUAUAUAGUCCGCCCCCAGAAUCUACGGUUGUUACUCCUUUGUACAGGGAGCCCGCGCAUAGACUAGUUCCACCAAGCUGGCACUUGACUUUAAUUUUAUUGCAGCAUGAUGGAGUUUUCCGUAGGGUAUUAGAGGCGAUCCAAUCCAACUCCCAACGAGAUGGGUAACGCAUGCAGUGCGCAGAGGUUAACACCACAUUGGGGGCUAUGAUAACACCGGUACAUAUUGCAACCUUCGGGCAGUCGAAAGAAGAAAUAAAGACAAAUUUUAUAACUAACAUUUUCUCAAUAAAUCAUGGGUAGGAAAAAUACAAAAUUAAUGGUUUUUUUGUAUUUUUGUAAGUAUUUUAAUUCUGGGGAAACACAAAAAUUUUUACAAUAAAAAAAUAUUUUUCUCUUAUUUUUAAAUAAAACAGACGAUUUAUACUGGCGGACACAAGAAAAAAAUCACCAAAAUAACCUUUAUUUUUUGAAUUAAAAAUGUUAAA